AUGUUGGUGUGGUUUGGGGUGAGCGACUAUGUGAUUGUGGGCGUGUGGUGGACGGCGAAGGUCGAUGGUGUGGAGGGUGGUGGUGGUUAUGAUGAUGUCGUUGAUGAUGAUGAGGAAUUUGUAGAUACGCCUUGUGAUGAAGAUGAGGGUGUAGUAGGUGAUGUACUCGACGAUGGAGAUGAUGAUGAGGUCGUCGCCUUGGUGGCUAUUGCUCGCGCACCGGAGGAGAUCUGCGAAGAAGUCUGCGAACCUGCCGCUGAGGAUGCUUUGAAGGCCGAUUGUGCUCUAAAUGCGGAGAGGAAAUUCGCCAGAAAUGGGCGAUUUGUCGACAUUUUGGAGGAGUCUGAGUGGAACAUUCGUUGA